CAAAUGCAUCUUCCGCCAAUCGCAUCCCGAGAUACAUAGAGAAGAUAAAGUCUUACGAAGUUAAGCGCUUAAGCGGCUGAGCCGUAUAAUGAAACUUCGAUUGGCAGCUGCUCUACCGACCAUAAUCCAAUGUUCCGUGCGAGCGAGUCAAUUCGGCAAAAUGAGUGGAAAGCUCAGUCGAGUGGUCCGAUUUAUCCGGGGGUUGCUGGGCUGCGCGCGACUUUGCCCCCGAUGGUGCGGCGAGUCCACGAAUCCAGUUCAACGCGGACAGUCCAGCAUGACCGAGAACAAGUCGCCGAGCCGCCUCAAGGACGAGCUGCGGAUUCUUCUCGGCAGGAUCGAGGAAGUGCCGCUGAGCUCGCGGCUUCGCUCCUUAAAGCUCUUGCGAGCUUACGCGCGGCUGCGGGAGACGCGGCUCAAGUCGGGACUGCGCGCGAAACUCGUCAAGCUCCUCGGCCUCCUCGGCGUCUGCCUCCUCGUCUACCUGGCGCGCGACUACUAUCACAGUGUCAAAUACGAUAGAUGCCUGAUCGAUCAGCCGCCCUUGGUCCGACAGAUCUUCCGACCUGCGGAGGAUUGCUCGGUAUGCCGGGAUGUCAAGCACGUGGAGAAAAUAUCGAACGUCGAUCCAAAGCUAUUCGAGGAACGUUACGCGUACUCGGGGAGGCCCGUCGUUAUCAGGGACGCAACCAACGGCUGGUCUGCCAUGCAGGUCUUCUCCUUCGCGUUUCUCAAGGAACUUUACGAGGGUCAAGAUGCCAAUUGCCAAUUCUUUCCUUACAAGACCGAAUUUCGAAGCCUGCAGGAUGUUUUCAACAUGAGCACUAGUCGGGCAUUGUUGCAAGCCGGCUCAAAGCCUUGGUACGUCGGAUGGAGUAAUUGCGAUCAAGCAAUCGGCACGAUUUUACGAAAGCAUUAUCAAAGACCAUAUUUCCUACCAGAUACAGCGGAGAGCGAAAAAACUGAUUGGCUUUUCAUGGGUAGUCCUGGUUAUGGAGCCCCGAUGCACAUUGAUGAUGUCGAGUACCCGUCGUGGCAGGCACAGAUACGUGGGCACAAAACAUGGAUUUUGGAGCCUCCACGAGAAUGUCAUUAUAGCUGUAAUCGAGUCGAAGUCACCGUCAAUCCUGGCGAAAUAAUUGUCUUGGAUACUAACAAAUGGUAUCAUCAGACGCUUAUUGUUUCCGAUGAUGUAAGUAUAACCAUAGGAGCCGAAUACGAUUAAAUUGAAAAAACGAAUACAACUUUAAGCAUUAUUGUUAAUCCAUG